AUAAAUAAAUACGUGUUUAUUAACUUAUUGACUUUUUAUAUUUCAGGGAACCAAGAGCUGAACUAUUUAAAAUGAAUCAAGUAAAUGAGAGCAUCCCACAGGAGUUCAUCCUCUUGGGUUUCUCAGAUCGACCAUGGCUGGAGCUUCCACUCUUUGUGGUGUUCCUGGUUUCCUAUAUCUUGACCAUCUUUGGCAAUCUGGCAAUAAUUCUUGUGUCACGUCUGGAUUCCAAACUCCACACCCCCAUGUAUUUUUUCCUUACCAAUCUCUCACUCCUGGACCUUUGCUACACGACAAGUACAGUUCCACAAAUGCUGGUAAACAUAUGCAACACCAGGAAAGUAAUUAGUUAUGGUGGCUGUGUGGCCCAACUUUUCAUUUUCCUGGCCUUGGGUUCCACUGAAUGUCUUCUUCUGGCUGUCAUGUCCUUUGAUAGGUUUGUAGCUAUUUGUCGACCUCUCCAUUACUCAGUGAUCAUGCACCAAAGGCUCUGCCUCCAGUUGGCAGCUGCAUCCUGGAUUAGUGGCUUCAGCAACUCAGUAUUGCAGUCCACUUUGACGCUUCAGAUGCCGCUUUGUGGCCAGAAAGAAGUGGAUCACUUCUUCUGUGAAGUUCCUGCUCUGCUCAGGUUGUCAUGUGCAGACACAACAGCAAAUGAGGCUGAACUGUUCUUUAUCAGUGUGCUAUUUCUUCUAAUACCUGUGGCACUCAUUCUUAUAUCAUAUGCUUUUAUUGUCCAAGCAGUGUUGAGAAUACAGUCAGCUGAAGGUCAACGAAAAGCAUUUGGAACAUGUGGCUCCCAUCUAAUUGUGGUGUCACUUUUUUAUGGCACUGCCAUCUAUAUGUAUUUGCAACCACCAUCCUCUGCCUCCAAGGACCGGGGAAAGAUGGUGUCCCUUUUCUAUGGAAUCAUCACACCCAUGUUGAACCCCCUUAUAUACACACUUAGGAACAAAGAUGUAAAGGGAGCAUUUAGGAGGUUAAUUGCAAGGGUCUUCUUAAUCAAGAAAUAGGAAUACCCAAAUGAUAAACCUUGUUAAAGACUUGAAGUUUCCAUAUUUUAAUAAUUUAAUUCUCUCCAAGUUGCUUUAUUCUCACUACUCUUAGAAAAGACUGUUAUGGUGAUCUUCCUCAAAUAAAGUGUCAUUGACAGAAAACUACAUUUACCUUCUAAUGUCUAAAUAUAUUCAUUGCACAAGUCUUGAG